GUAUGGGUGGGGACGGGAAGGAGUUCUGACAAGACUGCAAGAUCUACACAGACCAAAGCAGCAAAGGAAACGCAUGACAAAAGAUGAAGAGCAGAAAAGAUGGAGGCAAGAGACAAUGACAACACAGCAGCUGGAGGAGGAGGAGGAGGAGGAGGAGGAGAGUCUGAAACUGAAUCUGUGACACCAAAUGACAAAGUAGAUAAGAUGGAGGAGAGUGCAGCCAAGUUUGAUCCAGUGAAUGAACCAGGUGAAGCUCAACACUCAGAGAAGAAUGAUGAAAGCACAGGAGGAGAGUCUGAAAUGAAGUCUGUACCAUCCACAACCAGUGAGAAAGGGAUGCCUGAACUCACAAUCGUGUUAAUUGGUGACACAAAUUCCAUUGAGACCGGAUCAAAAAACAUCUUACUUGACCACGGCGAGCAAGCAAAUGUGAAACAGUUUUCAACCAAACUGUAUGAUUUAUGCGGCCGGCACAUCUCUGUCAUCAACAUGCUUGGUCUUCAAAACAUUGAGGAAUUCCCAUUAAAUCAGGGAAUUCAUGCCUUUGUCUUACUGUUAGCAAAUGGUCUGCAUACCAGCCAUUACAGUUCAGGAGUGCAGUGGUUAGAGAAAGCUUUUGGGAAAGGAUCACUUUCUUAUUUAAUGACAGCUGUGACUCAUGAGUCGGAUGAAAAAUGUGAAGGUGCAUUGACAGACCUGAAAGCCAACAGCAGUUUUGUUGAAAACAGAUUCCAAACAUGUACAAGAAGUUUGAAUGAUGAAAAAGAGAUAAUAGCUCUGUUGGAAAAAAUAGAUGUCAUGGUCUCUGAAAACGAUCCCCACUGCUACAGUGGACUGAUGUGUGAAAAUAAAGAGCAGGAAGAAGAAAGGAUGGAUUCCUCAGCGUUUCAGCAAAAUCAAGCAGUUGAAGAGAUGGAGGAGGAUGCAGCUGAGAUCAACCUACAGGGUGAUCCAGUAAAUGAACAUGGAGAUGUUGAACAUUCAGAGAAUGAUUAUGAGAACACAGGAGGAGAGUCAGAAAUCAAGUCUGUACCAUCUGAAACCAAAGAGAAAGAUGAACUGAAGGGGAGCACAAGAGCAGGAGGAGAGUCUGAAAUCAAGUCUGUAAUCCCAUCUGCAACCAAUGAGAAAGGAGAGGCUGAAGUUAAAGAGGUCAACAAUGAAAGCAGCAGUAAUGUGACUGAGCGGUCCAUGGAGGAGAGUGAUGCAGUGAAGGAGGCUAGUCCAACAUCUCAGGCUGUUUCAACGGAGACCAGAGAACUAGACGAGGAGAGUGCAACUAAAACAGAAGCAAAGUGUGAUCCAAGGAAUGAACCUGCUGAUGACAACACAACAGCAGAAAUCAAGUGUAACCAAUCUACAACAAAGGACAAAAGUCCCUUAGAAAUGGGUAUGAGUGGAAAAGAGGAUAAGCAGUCAGUGAAGAUUUCUGAAGAGACCAACAGGAAGAAACAAUAUCAAAGAGAAAGUGAAACAUUGCUUGGCAGACUUCACCUUCAAGACAAACAUCAACAGAAGCUGACACCAGCAGAUUUCCUUAACAUAGGUCCACCUGUGAAUCAGGACAAUGACACAUAUGAGAAAGAUCUAGCUCAUACUUUUCUUCAGAGGUUGAUGAUGUUAGACUACAGAGCCAGAUAUAUUCCUGUCAGACAAGACAGUCCUGAGGUGAGCCAGUCACAGUCGGUUCCAGACUCUGACACUGUUGAGACAGAAGAAAGUGAUUUAGAUGCUUUUUUUGACACCACUGUAAACUAUGAUCAUACAAAACAAACUUGUGUGCAUCCAAUGGAUGUUCAAAUGGCAGUAUUUCACUGCUCAGACAGCUUUGUUAAGCAGAACAUGAUUACAAAGUUAUCACACUGUCAGUACGCCUUACCUUUACUUGUUCCUGACCCAGUCACAAUGGAUAUUGAUUGCCCUCUGUGGACAUUCAGACAAAUAAGAAAAACAUGGAAGAUAACUCAAAUCAGAGAUGAUCCAAACACUGUCAUCAUGAAGAGUAUGCCCAUCUGCAAAGCUCAGACACCCAUGGUGUCAUUUUUCCGUCUGGGCUCACUACCUCUGUCUAAAUCUCAGCUGAUGAACACUUUGAUCAACGAGCGUCACAGCACCUUCUUCCACAGAAACUGCCCAGGUAGCACCAAGUCUCGCCAUUUGAUGGAAGGAGUGGCAGAGAUUGCUUGGUACUGCCCUGCUGGAAGACCCAAUGAUGCCUUCACUGACUGCAUUGCCUUCUGUAAUCUUCAUGGUGAUGCUCUGUUGAGGGAAAAGCAGCGUGACAUACUGACUGAAAAAUCUUCAGUCAAUGUUGUUCUGGUACCAACUCUGGAAAAAGGUGACAAAAAUACAACAGUUAUCUCAGCCCUUCUCAAGUCUCCAAAGCCCCUCAUCUGUCUCAUUGCUAAUAAUGAUUGUGCUGCAGUUCAGAUGAAAAAGGGAAAAUACAAAGUGGGUCUAAACGACAGAAGCCAGUCAGAAGUUUCUGAAGAACUGAAAGGAAUCAUUGGAAACAUUUUGUCUGGACCACGUGAAUCCUUCCAGCUUGAAACCAUGGCUGAGGUCUCUGGAAUCAGAGUGGAUGAAGAUGACACAGCCUGCCAAAAAGGGAAGUCUGCUGCCAUGGAUAUAGUAAAUCUGCUUCGGGGGAUGGAUGUUUCAAAAAUCAAAGAUAAAUUUCUCCCAUGUCAAGGCCAACUGUGGCACAAGUGGUGCAGAACAAACAAAGAACUGUAUCACCUCAAAGGAGACAUUGAGAAAGAGAAAUGCAAAAAGCAACAGGAACUGAUGACAAUAAGACAGAAACAAUGCAAGGCUUCCUGUAGUGAGCCAGUGAAGUUGUUCAUUGAAAGCCUCUCAUCUUUGACAUCAACAGAAAAAGAGUAUUUCCUGAAAUGGACUCAGAUCUUAAUAGAUGCCCUCUCCACAAACGAUCUCUCUUUAAUUCUCCAAAGCUAUGAUGAAAAGUGGUCUGAGGUUGUGGCUUUGAAGAAAAAGCAUGACAAAUCUGAUCAGCUAAAAAACAAGCAAACUGAGCUCGAACAAAUAUCAACCAAACUACAGUCAGCAACAUUUGGCUUGGAGCACAUCUUCAGAGAAAUGGGACAGAUCUAUGAAGCUCAUGCAUCUCUACAGGAACAACCAAAGAGAGGACAGACUGACUGGUCUAAAUAUCCUGAGCUGGCUGCAGAGCUGAUGAUAUCAGGAUACCCAAUGGAGCUGAUGGAUGGUGAUGCAGGUCAUGUGCCUUUAAUAUGGAUCUCCAGUCUUUUAGACAAAGUCAUAAAGAAACUGGGCAACAAGAGAGUUUUUGUUUUGUCAGUUUUGGGUGUACAAAGCAGUGGAAAAUCAACAAUGCUCAAUGCAAUGUUUGGGUUACAGUUUGCAGUGAGUGCUGGCCGGUGCACCAAGGGUGCCUUCAUGCAGCUGGUCAAAGUGUCAGAGGAGAUCAAGAAAGACUAUGAGUUUGACUACGUUCUAGUGGUGGACACUGAAGGACUGCGUGCUCUUGAGUUGGCAAGUGAUGACGUUCUUCACCACGACAAUGAACUGGCAACAUUCGUUGCUGGUAUUGGGAACAUGACAUUGAUCAACAUCUUUGGAGAGAAUCCAGCUGAGAUGCAAGAUGUUCUGCAGAUUGUUGUUCAGGCGUUCAUGAGGAUGAACAAAGUUAAACUUUCUCCAAGUUGUGUGUUUGUUCACCAGAAUGUUACAGAUAUUGCAGCUGCAGAGAAAAACAUGGAUGGAAAGAGACGCCUGCAAGAAAAACUGGACAAGAUGACCCAACUAGCAGCCAAAGAGGAGGUUUGUGAAGCUGAGUGCUUCAGUGAUGUUAUUGCAUUUGAUGUACAAAAAGAUGUGAAAUACUUUGCCCAACUAUGGGAGGGAAGUCCACCUAUGGCUCCUCCAAAUCCAGGUUAUAGUGAGAGUGUCCUAGAGCUGAAGAACAUCAUCCUCUCUAAAGCUUCACAGUCUGCUUGGAUGACUCUCUCAGAGUUCAAAAGUAAAAUUCGGGACCUGUGGAAUGCCCUGUUGAACGAAAACUUUGUUUUCAGUUUCAAAAACACACUUGAAAUUGCAGUGUACAGAGAACUUGAGGUCCAGUAUGGAAACUGGACCUGGGCCCUUAGGAGCAACAUGUUGACCAUUGAGAACGAGCUUUAUACCCAAAUAGAAAAUGGAACACUUGACAGGGUUGAGGUCAGUUUUCUUCAUGAACAAAUGAAAAAAACAUACGAACAGAUCAAAAAAGAUAUGACAACUUACUUUGAAGAUAACAAAGAAAAAGAAAUGCUGGUUCAGUGGCGAGGCCGAUUUGAAACUAAAAUCAAGGAGUUUCAUGAUGAGCAAGUGAGAGGAGUUAAAAGAAAACUGGAUGAAGUUAUCCAGCAGAAGAAUGCUUGUAAAAAGCUUAAUGACAGGAAGACAGAGUUUGAGACCAAGCUGCUACAAAAGAGUAAAGAGCUCGCUCAUCAGUUAAAAGACAAGGCAAAAGAUGAAGAGGAACUUAAAAAGCAGUUUGACUCUGUUUGGAGAGGAUGGGUUAGUGAACUGACAGCAGACACAAAACCUAUUAAGGACAUCAGCUGUGAAGAUCAGUCAGUUAUCCCUUUGGAACUUGGUUUUGAAUGGGCUCUGAUAGCUGAAUCCAAACACAGUGGCAGAUACAAAAAAAUAUCAGAGUUUGGAGAUUACAGUCACUAUGUAUCUCUCAGCAAGCACCGAGAUAGGUUAAAUACAGGCCAACACUUUCAAAAUAAUAAGAAGGAAAAGGACACAAAAGGGCAGGGAAUAUUUUCUACUGCUGUCACCAGUGUUGUUGAAUUUGUUUCAAAAACAACAACAAAAAUAGAAAAUCACUUUAAGGGGUAUUUUCAGCAUGAAGACCAGGAACUGAUCAGAUCCCUCAUUGAAGAUGCUGAAAAACAGUCCCUUGAUGCACUCAAGAGCAAACCUGUAGCUACAAGAGGCUACAGUCCAACUUACUUGCAAGAAGUGGCCAAAAAUGUCAAAGCAAAAGUGACAGAAUUUGAAUCAAAGAGGAAAUAUGCUCUGAAGAAGGAGUUUACAGUUGAUCUCAUACUGUAUGUAUUUGACAGAGCAUGGAGUUGGCUCUCAGAGUCCCACAGGAAAUUCCGAAUGAACAACGAUGCACUCACUUAUCUAGAAAGCAAGAAAUCACAAUAUUACAACAUUUUCCGAAGCUUCUGCAAAGGAAACUCGUCUGCUGUCGUUCUCGGAGAACUGAUCUGUGAAAAAGUGAAGAGCUCCACUGUUGAGGCUGUUUGUAACCAGACUGCCAUUGAUCUCGCUGGAGAGAUGAAGUGCAAUUUCCCAGCAUUCAGUGGGAACAGGUUGAACCUGGACAAACACGUGUUGAGGUCACUGGCAGAGAAAGAGGACUUUGAUGGUUUUAUCACCUACAUCAAACACCCAAGGAAGCAAGUAGAGACUUUUAUAAAAGAAGAAGUAAAGAAAUACAUCUUCACAGAGAACAAACAUAAAGCACAUCAAAUACUCCAGAAAAAUGUUGAAGACAUCAAAAAGCUGGUGAGUCUGGCUUUAUUUACUGCAACAAAUAAAGUCAAAACCCAGAGAGGAGACAUAAACAUGUGGGUGGAGGAAUUUUCCAGUGUGCUAAAAGCUAAGCUAACAUUUGACACCAUUUGUUGUCAAAACUUCAGUGACGUAAACAAUUUUGACUUUCUGAAAGAAGAGACUGAGAGAGGCCUUGAAUCCAUCAUGAAAGAGAUGAGCAACCUCUCACUGGAUAAGAUGGAGGAAUUCAGGCUGCAGCCUGAUCAAAUCCUCAUUGAUGAGCUGCGCGAUCGCUGCUGGGAAACGUGUCCAUUCUGUGCAGCUGUUUGUACCAACACCCUGGAAGAUCACAGUCCUGACAAACACAGUGUCCCUUUCCAUCGCCCCUCUGGGAUAAAAGGAUGGCACAUUAGAAACACAGAUGAACUGGUCAUUAAUUUCUGCACAACAUUAGUUGCAAGUAAUAGAUCUUUCCGUCCCCAUCAUGAUUCAGAUGAGACUGUUCCAUUUAAACAGUAUCAAAAGGCUGGAGGGAAGUAUGCUACGUGGCAGAUUACUCCUGAUGAGUCUAAGCUGGCAUACUGGAAAUGGUUUGUGUGUCGAUUUCAAAAGCAGCUUGAAGACCACUAUAACUUAAAAUUCCAUGGCAGAGGAGAAAUUCCCAGUGAAUGGAGAAAGCACAGCAAACAAGAAGCUAUUGAAAGUCUGGAUUAAAUGUAAAAUCUGCAGAGACCCAGAAACAUCUGAACUCUACUCAAAGUAUCAGAAGACCAGAGAUUUUAACUGCUCUAAAGAAAUAAGAGUUUAUGAUCUGUUUUUCGUCGCCUUCCAUGGAGUCUGCCAUAGUUAAACGCCAUGUUUCUACAGUAGCCCAGAAGGGACAACCCAAAUGCUGGCACUAGAUAGGGCCGUUCACUGUAUAUAUUUUGGUUUAAUGAAAAGAUGCAUUUUUUAUUUUACAAGAUGAUGAAGUUGAAGUGUUUAUGUAAGUGCAUAAGUCAGUGCCCUGUGUGCCAGCCCAGUCAAGCCCCUGAAAUGACAUGACAUGAAACUGUUCUAAACUGCAUGCUUAAAAGGAUAUUUUUAUUCAUUCAAAGAUGUAGUAGUAAGUUUUUAAGUAUUAUAUUUUCAUUAAAGAUUUUUAUUACAUUUGUUUAAAGCUUCAUGAACAAAGAAAUGUGUAGGAUGUUGAGUUUAGAUAUGUUAAUUAAGAUGUAUACAACAAUAUAACAAAAUAGGAAUUUGUGUAACAUGACUGAGAGAUAGGAAUGAGUCUUAAGGUGGAAAAAAAGGGAAAACCUUUUGAGAAGUUGAACUAAAACAAGAAUGACAUUCUAUUUUGUGUGUUUGUUAACCUUUGGGCUGUAUCUGUUGUUUAAUUCAUCUUGAAAUCAUUUUAAGUGUAACACAAACAUUGCCAUCUUUAUAUGUUGUUUUUAUUUUGUAGUUUUCCUCAAUGUUGGAUGUUUAUUUUAAAGAACUUCAAUAAUUAUGUUUUAUCUUUCUCAAGUAUUUAGAGUAUUCAGCAUUUACACACUUUAUCUCAUUUAAAAUGAUCACAUUGGAAUUGUUUUUGUUGUCAUUGCUCGUAUACUAAUAUCCAUAAACAGAAAUAUCAGUCUUUGUGGAAUAAAAAAGGGACUUUUCCUGUAAUAAAGAAACCCUUCACAUGGCCA